AUGGGUCCUUUCGUGCACAUGAGGAUUACUGUACUCCUGGCCGCCAUCUCCUUAACUCAGGUGAUCACUGUCUCCUGUCAGGAAAACCCCAAGAAUGAAACCUGUGUUGACAAUGGACAAGUGUACGCCAACAAAGCCAUGUGGAGCCCUGAACCUUGCCGGAUCUGUGUGUGCGAGUCCGGCAAUGCUCUGUGUGAAACUGUUGCCUGCGACGACCUCGGGGACUGCGCCGAGUCGAUGACCCCGGAGGGCGAGUGCUGCCCGGUGUGCAUCGCCCCAGUGGCGACUCCCAGAGAAAACCCGUCUGCAGCUCCCACGGAAGAGGGCUCGAGCUGCGAGGUGGAGGAUGAGAUCUACGCUCAUAACGAAAUCUGGAAGCCCGUGCCGUGUCGCGUGUGCGUGUGCGACAACGGCGUGAGCAUCUGUAGCGACGUGCAGUGCGAUGUGGUGCCCAACUGCCACAAGAUGGUGACCCCGGAGGGCGAGUGCUGCCCAGUGUGUGACAACCUGGCCAGCGCCACCAGGCACAUUGCAAUCAUGGGGUAUAGGGGCCAGAAGGGUGAACCAGGGGAUAUUCCACAUCUGGUGGGAAUUCCUGGACCUAAAGGACCCUCGGGAUUCCAAGGCCCCCCAGGUUUUGAUGGAGAGCCUGGCAUACCAGGUAAUCCAGGCGAGGCGGGCCCCCCAGGUUUCCCUUCCCUUCCUGGGGGCAACUUCGUGUCACAAAUGUCAUCGGGUUUCAAUGAGAAGUCAGCGGGCCUAACCGGAAUGGUAUCAGCAUCACGGGGUGAACCAGGACCACGAGGACCUCCUGGGGCAAGUGGAGCGCCAGGACCAAGCGGCGGUCAGGGACUCCCAGGCGAGCUUGGCGAGCCAGGACAUAUGGGUGAACCAGGUCUUCGAGGGCCAGAUGGGUUGCCAGGAAAAAGUGGUCCUGAUGGGGAGGCUGGACCCACUGGUGCGUCAGGGGAGCUGGGAUUCCCAGGAUCAGUGGGUGCGCGAGGGUUGCCGGGUACUCCAGGUGUCCCUGGUCAAAAAGGUCACAAGGGUGAGACAGGAGUUUUUGGUCCCAGAGGUGAGACCGGCGCUGUCGGUUUAAAGGGUGGUUCUGGAACUCCUGGUGCUAUGGGAGCUACUGGCCCAGUGGGUCUGGCAGGUGUCCUGGGCCCAUCUGGGCUUGUAGGCCCGAUUGGGCCCCCAGGACCCCAGGGAACCACAGGAGCGCAAGGACCAAAGGGGCAAGAUGGUGACGUCGGUGUGCCUGGCAUAAAGGGAGAAGCUGGACUUAAAGGCGAAAGAGGCGACCACGGUGCUCCAGGUUUGAUAGGCCCCAUGGGAGAUGAAGGGAAGCGUGGACCCCGAGGUGAUGCAGGGUCUGUCGGUGACCCAGGACCCCAAGGCGAGACAGGCGUCCCUGGCAAUCGUGGUUUCCCUGGCACGGAUGGUUUUCCAGGUGCAAAAGGAGCGCAGGGCGAAAGAGGGCUGCCAGGCACGGCAGGCACAAAGGGGCUGACAGGAGAUCUAGGACGACCUGGAGAGCCCGGUUUAACCGGUGCUCGAGGCCUAUCUGGAAUUAUCGGUGCUGAAGGAGAAGAUGGCAAGCCAGGACCACAGGGCUCAGCAGGAGAUGAUGGCAAACCAGGCCCAGCUGGUUCUACAGGAGGUCGAGGUUUAGCUGGACCCAUGGGCCUUCCAGGACCAAAAGGCCUUACUGGUGAUCCUGGGAAGAAUGGCGAUGCUGGCAGUACUGGCUCACAAGGACAAAGAGGAGUGAAUGGAAAAGAUGGCGAGGAAGGUGCUGCCGGUCCUGCUGGCCCAGCGGGUCCUGCAGGGAAGAGAGGAGAGCAGGGACCACAGGGACCCAUCGGGUUCCAGGGUUUGCCUGGAGUGCCAGGCCCACCCGGUGAAUCUGGUAAACCAGGAACUGAGAGAUGGGACUUGCUGGGGAGGAAGGCUCUGUUGGAACUUCAGGACUCAGGGGAGAAAGAGGGGCUCCAGGCGCAAGAGGUGAAACCGGACCCAAAGGUCUACAGGGACCCAAGGGUAGUCCAGGUAGUCCAGGCCCAGAUGGAUUCAAGGGAGCUGCUGGAGAAACAGGAAGUCCAGGACUUCAAGGGAUGCCUGGGGAAAGAGGCAUUCCAGGAUCCCCAGGUCCCAAGGGGGAUGUGGGUGUGCCAGGUCCAGUUGGACCUCCGGGUGCCGUUGGUGCAAAUGGUGCCAAGGGUGAACCAGGCUCACCAGGACCUAAUGGACGCCGAGGCACACGAGGAGUACCUGGUUCAGCUGGUGAGCCAGGUGCAACUGGUGCUGCAGGUUUCCCUGGAGCUGCUAUGUAUGUUUCAGGGCCCGGUCGGUCUGACUGGACUCAAAGGUGGCAGAGGAACGCAGGGUGCAGCGGGUUCUCCAGGUUUUCCUGGUUUACCUGGAGGCGUCGGUCCAGCAGGUUCUCUCGGUGCUGUUGGAGCUGAAGGGCCUAUUGGUCAAACUGGAAAGCAGGGUCCCUCUGGUAUUCAUGGUGAAAACGGGGCCCCUGGACUUCAAGGCGAGAUGGGUGCUCCAGGCCCAGCAGGCACCCCUGGAGAGAAGGGUGAUUCUGGAGAGGAUGGUUCUCCAGGUCCUAUUGGACCCCCAGGACCUCCCGGUGCUACUGGACAGCGAGGCCUUGUGGGUCAUCCUGGUGUGAGAGGAGAGGGUGCUAUCCCAGGCCUGCCUGGUCCUGCGGGUCUUCCUGGAAAACCCGGAGCUCCGGGAGUUCCAGGUGGCAAAGGUCCCCCUGGAGGAAUUGGUCCAAAGGGAGCCACCGGGUCGAGAGGAGAUCCGGGCCCUGAGGGCGUAAUCGGUGAAGAAGGACCUCCGGGUACCGAUGGACUCUUAGGAGAAAGGGGCGAUAGAGGUAAUGCUGGUCCUGAAGGUUUAGCUGGAGGUCCAGGUUCUCCAGGAAAUGAGGGUGCGGUGGGAGCUACAGGUAGUCCAGGACCAAGAGGUGAAACUGGUGCUAAAGGCUCUCCUGGACCCCAUGGUGCACCUGGAGUACGAGGCAAAGUGGGCCCUCAAGGACCACAAGGGGAGAAAGGACCAGAAGGUGAACAAGGAGAGAGGGGUCAGAAAGGUCACAGAGGUUUUACUGGACUCCAUGGUUUGCCUGGAAUUGCUGGCGCUACAGGGGAUGCAGGUAUUCCAGGUAUUGUUGGACCAGCUGGGCCAAGGGGUUCUCCAGGCGUGGUGGGUCCUCCCGGGAAGGAGGGUAACAUUGGCCAGCCAGGAGCUAUGGGUGCACCUGGAAGCAGAGGAGCAAGUGGGGACAUUGGAGUUCAGGGUCCUCCUGGAGAACCAGGACCUCCAGGUCCUCCAGGCCCACCUGGUCCUCCCACUGCUGCUGUGAGGGAAUACUUUGCAGCUCCCAUGGAUUUUGAUGAGGACGGCGUGCCAGAAGCUGUUGAGUUUUUCAAGGAUGAUGUAGCGGCCGACCCUCCUCCACUUCCAGAGUUCAAUAAGGAUGAGGCUCUUCCUGAUAAGAGUCCCAUCAUCGUACAUACCACUCUGAAGACACUCAGCAGGCAUAUGCAGAACAUUCGCAGUCCAGAUGGGACUAAGGAGAACCCUGCAAAAACAUGUCAGGACAUCAAACAAUGCUAUCCACAGAAAACAAGUGGUGAGUACUGGAUUGAUCCAAACCAAGGAAGUACCAAAGAUGCCAUCAAGGUUUUCUGCAACAUGGAUAGCGGUGAAACCUGCAUUUCUGCUAAUCCUGCCAAUAUUUCCCGCAAAUCCUGGUGGACAAAAUCCACUCCAACGGUCAACAAACCCAUUUGGUUUGGAGCCCAGAUGUAUGGCUUAACCAAAUUCAACUAUGGAAACAACGAGGAGCAGCCAAACACAGUGGCAGUUCAGUUGAAGCUACUCCAGCUUCUCUCCAAAGAGUCCCACCAGAGCCUCACCUACCACUGCAAGAACAGCCUGGCUUAUAAAGACAGCAAGGGCACCAUGAAGAAAGCCCUGAUCCUAAAAGGCGCCAAUGGUCAGGAGCUAAGGGCACAAGGCAAUAACCGUCUGCGAUACACCGUCAUUGAAGAUGGCUGUGCGAUGUCCAAUGAUAAUUGGGCUAAGACAGUGUUGGAAUACAGGACUCAAACCCCAAUCAGGCUGCCCAUUGCGGACGUGGCGCCCAUGGACAUUGGAAAGGCCAAUCAGGAGUUCGGCCUUGACAUUGGACCUGUGUGUUUCUCAUAAAACUCAAGAUAAGGAAAAAAAAUUGUAUGAGAAUUUGUGAAAAUGACUCCACUUCCUGUGAGCGCUGUGGAUGAAAUUUAUAUCAUUGCAGUCAAAACACGUGGCUGCAAAAGAC